CCGACACGAUCGGAGAAGGAGGAAGACAUGUAGCAGCUGUCAGGGGGAGUUCUCUCCUCUCUCUUGUGUCACAUCCAGCUCCUGAGCACCAAGCCAACAAAGACACAACCGCUCCAGACCCUGCGGAGGAGACGCUCACGCUGUUCCGCUCCCAUGAUCCUCUACUCACAUCCGCCCUCAUGCAAGAUGGCCGCCCGCUCCUCGGCGCCUCACUUCCGUGUGAUGACGACUUCCGGUAGCGUGCAGCCGCCGCAGCCUGUGUGUGAGAGAUGGCGAUGCGGCAGACUCCCCUCACCUGCUCCGGCCACACCCGGCCUGUGGUGGACCUGGCCUUCAGCCCCAUCACCCCGCACGGGUACUUCCUCAUCAGCGCCUGCAAGGAUGGGAAACCAAUGCUGCGCCAGGGCGACACCGGAGACUGGAUUGGCACGUUUCUGGGCCACAAGGGAGCCGUGUGGGGAGCCACCCUCAAUAACGAUGCCACAAAGGCAGCCACGGCAGCUGCAGACUUCACAGCGAAGGUUUGGGACGCUGUGACCGGUGACGAGAUGAUGACUCUGACUCACAAACACAUAGUGAAAAGUGUGGACUUUACCCAGGACAGUAAUAAUCUCUUAACUGGAGGACAGGAUAAGCUGCUGCGCAUUUACGACCUGAACAAACCAGAAGCCGAUCCGGAACAGAUCGGCGGUCACACAUCUGGUAUUAAGAAGGCUUUGUGGUACAACGAUGACCGGCAAAUCAUUUCUGCAGCAGAUGACAAAACUGUCCGUCUGUGGGACAGAGCCAGCAUGACAGAGGUGAAGUCGUUGACCUUUAGCCUAUCCGUUGGCAGCAUGGAGUAUAUUCCUGAAGGGGAGACUCUGCUGAUCACCUAUGGCAGGACGAUCGCCCUCUAUAACACCGCCAGUUUGGAUCUGAUAAAAUCUUUUGAAGCUCCGGCCCCCAUUAACUCAGCGUCCCUCCAUCCGGAGAAGGAAUGUAUCGUGGCUGGGGGCGAUGAUUUCAAGCUGUAUAAAUACGAUUACACCACUGGGGAAGAACUGGAAUCCUACAAGGGGCACUUUGGUCCAGUCCACUGUGUGCGCUUCAGCCCAGAUGGGGAACUUUACGCCAGUGGCUCGGAGGAUGGCACCUUAAGACUCUGGCAGACGGCAGUGGGAAAGACUUACGGCCUGUGGAAGUGCGUCCUGCCAGAGGAGUUGAUCUCGGAGAAUUCCGAUGCCAUCUACAGCGUGACGUCUGAGACUAAGGCUUGAAUAAUGUGACCUUCAACUGAUGUCAUGAAACGCGCAGACAUUGAGACUAAGUAAAUGUCUUCCCGGAGUGCGACCGACGGCGGCCAGCGCCUGGGAUGGAGCGGAUUGGAGGAGAACUUGCAGCUCUUGUGAAGAGACACACGGUUUGCUAGUCAUGUGUUUAACGGUGGGAGAUGGAAAAGAUGAAUUUCCUUUUGUUUUAUGGGGAGUAUGUAAAUAUAUAUAUAUUUCGCUAUUCGUUGCAUUUAUUACUCCCAAGUCUGACCACUUUGUUACGUUAUAACCGGCUUCUCCACAUUGCGGAAUGUAUUUCAGUUCUAUGAAUAAACUCUACAACGAU